AUGGGUGGUGACGCGAAAUGCACGUUCGGCACACGUAUGGCCAUCGACAUACACAUGCUUAACGAGAUCAUAUACAGGGAAGUCAAACAUUUCCGGAACUAUAAAAUUUACAGACCCAAUUUCGGAUCUAUCCCUGUUACUGGUAAAUUCUACGCCGCUCAUGAUCAGCUAAAAGCCGAAUCCGAAGAGCAAACGAAAAAAGUGGACGAUUACCAUCACAACGUCGCCCAGACCAGGGCAAAGGGACCUCAAAGCAAAUAUCCGUCGCCGGCCACUGAGAACCAAGAGUACGGCUGGUACACCACACCGCUCGUCAAAAUGAACAGGAGCGAUAAACGUUUCUACCAGCCGAAGAAGGAAAGCGAAAACACCAAAAUCGAAAUAGUUAUCCUAAUGUCUAAUCCUAAGUCUAAAAAAUCUAAAUGACACUUCAAUAAACACUCACACCUGCUUAUAAUUAAACUUGCUU